GACUAACUAAGAAGAGAAUUGACGAACUCCGACCGCGGAUCGACGGUAGAAGAAGCUACCAUGCAACCGUCGAUCCAUGGCGGCCUUGCUUCGGUUUGCAGCGAGGAAGGUCUGCAGCCGCGCCACCGCCAGCCUUGAGCGACCACCGCAGGCCAGCUUCACUGCGACCACGUCGCUUGCCGUCGUCAAGGAGCUGGAACAGCAGCGGACGCUGCCCUGGACGAUUCUUUUCCAUGGCCGGGUGAGCUCGCUUCGCUGGUUCAGCAGCUCCUCCGAAUCACCAGACAAGAUCCUUGCGGCACAAGUGGAGCACAGGAAAGAAGUGCUGCGCCAUCUUCUUCGUGAGCUGGAUGUGCUCCGCACCCAGAAAUGCGGCAUCGCCGCCAGGGAGAAGGAGAAAAAAGUUUCAGAGAAAAAGAAACAGAAGGAGAACAAGAAGCUCCUCCACCUGCUUUCAUUGGGCGACCCACUAUAUCAGCUGCAUCGUCAUGUUACCCUGCUUAUCAUGAUCUUGGUAAUCCUUGCCACUUUACUUGUGUGUGAGGAGGGUCAUAGGGCUUCAAAAAAGCGUGGGCAGACACCUCGGCACCUACCAUCUACCUAAGAUGGUGAGAUCAACAUGUCAGAUGGUGGAGGCAACAAGAAAUGGAACUAUGCAUGGAAGCGUCAGAUAUUUGAACUUGUGUUUAGGUGGUAGCUACUAGCUAGUUUGCGGCAUCGUCGUGAUGGAUUUGUGAUUUUCGUUACCACGUCAUGAACUUGUCUUCUUGACUGCAUUCGGGAGGAGUAGCUAAACUGUGGAAACAGAUAUCUGUGAACAUGGCACCGCAAAAUAAUUGCUGUUGCAUAACAUGCAGUGAAGAUG